ACACUUUCUUCUCCACGGACGAAAUCCUCCUCCAAAUUCCAAUGCUGUUGAUCUGAGGAUCUGAAGAACUCUCGAGGCUCUGGUUUUGGUUGGGAACGAACAGUGAAGGCUACUCGAUCAUCCUCCAUUCCAUUUGAGUUUUAAGUUUUGAUAUAGAAAUGAUUCGAGUUCAACUCCUUCGCUUUUGUGUAUCUCCUUCCAAUCUCUUCGUUCAAUCUACCAAAAACCCAGCAUUACCUCUUCUGUUGCGGGCGUCGAAGAAAUUAAAUAAUGUGAGAUCGCAGGUGAGGGGUUUCAGUUCCUCUUUCGGUUCUCAAUCUUCGAAACUUUUGUUUCGUCAGCUCUUUGAGAAGGAAUCUUUCACCUAUACUUACUUGCUCGCCGAUGUCGCUCACCCUGAAAAACCUGCUGUGUUGAUUGACCCAGUAGACGAAAUGGUGGACAGAGACAUGACUCUUGUUAACGAGUUGGGGUUGAAGCUCAUUUAUGCUAUGAAUACCCAUGUUCAUGCUGAUCAUGUCACAGGAACUGGCCUUCUAAAGGGUAAGAUUCCAGGGCUGAAAUCGAUUAUUUCAAAAGCAAGCAAUUCAAAAGCAGAUCUUUUGAUUGAACAUGGUGAUAAAAUAUACUUCGGAAAUCUUUUUCUGGAGGUCCGUGCUACACCAGGUCAUACUUUGGGUUGUGUUACUUAUGUUACUGGUGAUGGGCCUGAUCAGCCUCAACCUAGGAUGGCUUUUACUGGCGAUGCCUUAUUGAUACGUGGAUGUGGAAGGACAGAUUUUCAGGGUGGAAGCUCAAAUCAGCUCUACAAUUCAGUUCAUUCACAGUUAUUCACUUUGCCCAAAGAUACAUUGGUUUAUCCUGCUCAUGACUACAGAGGAUUCACGGUUUCUACUGUGGGAGAGGAGAUGGUCUAUAAUCCUCGUCUAUCGAAGGAUGAGGAAACAUUCAAGAAUAUCAUGGAAAAUUUGAACCUCGCAUAUCCCAAGAUGAUAGAUGUGGCGGUCCCUGCCAAUAUGGUCUGUGGGUUGCAAGAUCCAAUGAACAAGCCAUCUGAGGCUGUGUCCAGCUAGACCUAUCACCUUAAGCCCUCUACCCACAUCUUGUAAAAUCCAAAUAGGUUAUAUUUUAUGAAAAGAAUAUGGUGCCCAUAUGUGGUGAAUUCUGUAAUCUUAUGUUCCAUUUGGUGGGUAUGUUUGGCUUUCCUUCUAUGUAGUAUUAUCCAUUUUAUUCAUGAGAAAGAAAAUGAACAUGAAGCCUAUAAAGAUAUGAUUUGGGAGCUAGGCCCUCAGCAUUGCUGGUGAACAUCUCGUUCACAUGGAUCCUGAGGUCAAGAAAUUCACCAGCAGAUGAACUGCCAAAAACAGGGACCAGGAGGGUUACUGCUUAUGCUGGUGCUUAUCUGUUGCAGACAUAGAGCUGGGAUUGUAAUUGGAUUUUCCUUUGGGAGGUUCAGUUUGUUGCUUAAGGAUGCUUCUAGUUUCCAUACGUUGUAUACAGUUGGUUAUAUAGUAUUGUUCUGCCGAGCUCCCUUCUUUCUGCUAA